AACACUGAAAGCUCUCUUCCGGUGAUUCAGAUCAGCCAGUUGAAAAAUACUUGUCCAUUAAAUAUAAAACAUUGAUCUUGUUUCAUGCUUCAUUUCACAGAACUGAACUGUUCUGCUCUAGCUUUGGAGAUCAGUAAAAUCCAUUGUGUUCAGUAACAAAGAUAAUUGAUGUCUUAAUAGUGCUUAAACAUUGUUGUGCCUAAUAAGUCUACAAAAGCCUAUAUUAUGAACACGCCUCAAAAUUAACGGUGGCUGAACUGAAUAUUGGGCCACCCGAUCAGUUUUGCCUUGCUACCGGUAAUUUUUUCCAAAAAUAUCCAUUUAUUUUCUGGACCAUUUUCAAGCUUGGCUCCUAGCUCCUUAUCUUAGGUAGACUUGAUGGUGAAACUUAAGGAGCUUUGUGUAUUUACUGAAAGGGGGGAGUUGGCCAAGGCAAGGUUCCUUGGCAGAAUUGAUUGACAUGCCUUACAUUAGAGAUGGAAAUAUGUGGCAUUUCAGGAUUUAUUGGGGCUACAUCUUCCCAUUAGCUUUGACCACUGGUCAUGGUGGCUGGGACUAAUGGAAGCUGAUCUCUAGCAACAGCCCCAGCCCCUCCCACCCUUGACUUAGGUCAGUUCUAAACUCUGCAUUUUUCUGGAACCCCAAAUGUUGUGGUAAUGAGACUUAAUUCUAGCUCCAGAAUGAGCUCUACAGCAGGGGAGGACAAUAUUUUUGGCUUGUGGGCCACAUUCCCCUCUGGGCAAAAGUCAGAGGGCUGCCUGCCAGAGGUGGGUGGUACCAGAAGCAAAAGUGGCUGGAGCAACAAAUGUACAGUACAGAUAUUCAGUUUCUAUACACAUUUACACCCUUUUCCAUGCAAGCAAGAGGCAUCGGAGUCUACAGGCACAUUCCAACUGGGCAAAAAUACUGUAUUUAUGGUAUGAAGCAGGGCUAAUGGGGGGUGUUGCCUGAGGAGAGGGGCUGUGGCCUGGGCAAAGUUCUGAGGGCCAGACAUAAGCUGGAAGGGGGUUGCAUUUGGCCCCACCUCUGCUCUACAGGUUCCUGCAAGGGCCUUAUUGAACCCCAGUGGUUUGUUUCCUUCGAAUAGCUGAGCUUUAACGUAUUGGAAGGUUCUUCCUCAAAAUCUGCAGUCCACUGCAUCAAAAGAUCAGUGCUUUAUAAGCUGUGAUCAUAAAACAAAGUUCAGUCAUUAGUACAGACAUAUUUUUGUUCGUUCAGUAGGGUUUGAUCCUUUCCGCACUUCCAUCUAAACAUCGUAACUUGUCAAUUGAAAGAAAAGAAAGAAAAGUUGCUUUAUAAAUUAAAAACCCCCACAUUUAAUUAUUGUGAGAGUGUAUUUAAAGAAGGAAAUAAGCUAUAACCAUGAAACAACUUGUGUAAACAGAAGAUGUACAGUUAUAAUCUACUUUGCGAUAUCAGCUAAAAUGGAACACUUCCUAAACCAAGUUAGUAGAGAAGAAACCAAAGGGUUGGCACCUGUAUCAAAAUACUUUAAAAUUAAGAACAUGAAACUAGCAAUUUAGUCCCUAAAGCUUUGAAAGGGCAUCAUUCUUGCCUGUAGUGUAUUUCCAGUGUUACUCAGUGCUACAUGUGUGUGACGUUUAGUAAUAUGCCCAGUAGGGGCUGAGACAUGUUUUAUUAUUUGUGGCACUAGCCAGAGGAAAAGCUAAUGGGGAUUCUUGAGUUUAUGCUUACUCUGUUUCAUAGGUAUGAAUGGGAUUAGAAUGACUUUCUACUUCCUACCUCUGUUUCUCUUAGUAGCCAGGUAACGUUACCCCAGGAAUGUAUUUAGUGGCUUGGUGAGCUAAUAAAGCAAGGCAGCUUGAAAGAGGCUAGUUCCUCCUUUCAUACCUAAGCAACACAGUUUGAAGUGAACAUUGAUGGAAACAUUGCCAGAACAACUCUGCCUAUUAAUUAGCAUAAUCCUGCAGCAGUCAGGGGGGAAAUGAACAGAAUUCAUCCUCAGAAUAUUGAAGGAGCUUCAUUUGGUUCAACAAAAUCUCUCUUUACUGCUAACAGAGGUACUAUACAGGGCCUGCAAGGUUGCUGCAAGGAUUGCUGUGCAUGCAUCCCUUGCACUCAACAAUGUAUCUGUGUGUCGGCCAUUGGUCUUGGUAUACUUGGUGUCAUCGCUACUGUCAUUGCAUUGGUGGUCACAAUUGGCAUCCCUCCACAUACACCAGUAAAUCGUUUAUGUGUGACCUCCGGUAAUCAGACAGGCUUUUUAUGUGACAACAGAGCUAGCUGCAUUCCAGCCAGCCAGGUCUGUGAUGCAAGACAAAAUUGUGCAAAUGGGGAGGAUGAGCAAGGAUCACUAUGCGAUGAUUUGCCCAACAACCUUCCAGGAUACUUGAUAUUUUAUUGCAGCAACCGCAAGGUUUGGGUCUAUGCAGACAAAAGAUGUAAUGGAAUCAAUGACUGUGGUGACUGUUCUGAUGAAGUAGGAGCUUGGGCCAGCUGCCCUCCUUGUGGGCCUCAAUGGUGGGGAUGCACCAUGGCUGUCUUCCAUAUGUACUGUAGCUGCAUUCCCAGACGUCUUUGCCGAGAUCGAAUACAGCACUGCAGUGACUGGUCUGAUGAAUACGUCUGCACAAGAUGAGCACUCCAGGACUGUAACCUUCAGAAAAUAAUGGGAGCUAUCCAUCAAAUACCGCUGUUGGGGAAUUGCCAUACGUAUUUCUCAGAGGGGCUUGCGACGGAUGCAUUGUGUAGUGUUA